CUGUGUUUGUGGGAGAUGGAGGGGCGUCCGGAGGGGCGGUCUGUUCCCGCUCCGUCCCAAAUCUCGAGGAAACGAAACCGCCGGCGCUGGGCCCGCCCCGCGGCGCCUCCACCUCCCGGAGCCGCACGCGUUCGCAGGUGCCACCACAGCUGUCCCCCAGCCCGAGGCAUGCAGUCGCCGCUUCCGCCCUACGAGGUGCUGCCGACCGAGGUGAGCAUGGAGGAGAUGCCCCGGAGCACCACGGUGCUGGUGGAGGAGACGCAGCAGCAGCAGCAGCCGCCGCCGCGGGACCACCUGGUGUGGUCCCUGUUCACCACCCUGUACGGCAACUUCUGCUGCCUCGGCCUCCUGGCCUUCGUCUUCUCCGUCAAGUCCAGAGACCGCAAAGUGCUCGGUGACUACAGCGGGGCCCUGAGCUACGGCUCCACGGCCAAGUGCCUGAACAUCACGGCCCUGGUGAUCAACAUCGUCAUCGUCGUCCUCGUCAUUGUCUUCGUCUCCCUGGCCUUAGCCGGGGUCUUCAGCCACCGCCAGCCGUAUGGGGGAUACGGAUACGGGUACGGCUCCACCUAAGUGCCUGCCCUCCUUGUCCUCGGGCUGUGCUUUCUUCCCGGGGCUGGAGCCAAAAUCCACGACAAUCCACCACAAUCCACGUGCCUCGCCCGGAGCUCGCUGCUCUCCUGUCCCUGUCCCUCCCCACUCGGAGCUUUCGUGGUGGCUGGAGCUGCCUGGGGAUGGACACGGCGCCCCCGAGAGCAGCUGAGCACCCCAGCCCUGCCACAGCCUGCUUGGAGCCCCAGCUGCCUCAAAACAAUGCUGAGGAGGAGCUCCUGGUUCAGAGAAACCCUGCUCCCUGAAAUAAAUGUUUUUUUUACUUUU